AUGACAUCCAAACAACACGAACGACCUAGUACUGGUUUUAAUUCAGAAUGCGAUAUACGCAAUGCGCAAGAAGGUUUUGGAACAUGCGGUUGGAUUCUGGUCGCACUAUCUUAUUUCCUAUGUCUUGUAACAUUUCCCUUUUCGCUCUGUGUGACAGUCAAAGUUGUACAAGAAUACGAGAGAGCAGUUAUUAUGCGUCUCGGUCGAAUACUUUCUGGUGGUGCCAAAGGUCCAGGUUUAUUUUUUGUGCUGCCUUGUGUUGAUUCAAUAAUGAAGGUUGAUUUACGAACAGUUACAUUUGAUGUUCCUCCUCAAGAAAUUCUGACGCGAGAUUCCGUGACUGUAUCAGUUGAUGCUGUUGUUUAUUUUCGAAUAUUUAAUCCUAUAAUCAGCGUAACCAAUGUGGAAAACUCACGUUAUUCAACACAAUUACUUGCUGCAACAACACUUCGCAAUAUUUUAGGUACAAAGUCAUUGCAAGAAAUUUUAUGUGAUCGUGAAAAUAUUUCACAUUCAAUGCAAGUGCACCUGGACGAAGGAACAGAUCCAUGGGGUGUUAAAGUUGAACGUGUAGAAAUUAAAGAUGUUCGUCUUCCUGUUAAUAUGCAACGUAGUAUGGCUGCUGAAGCUGAAGCUGCUCGUGAAGCUCGUGCUAAAAUAAUUGCAGCUGAAGGUGAACACAAAGCGUCAAGAGCGUUAAAAGAAGCUGCGGAUGUGAUCAAUGAAAGUCCAAUAGCACUACAAUUACGUUAUCUUCAAACGUUAACACAUAUAUCAGCAGAAAAAAAUUCUACGAUUGUUUUUCCAAUACCUGUCGAACUCUUACGAUUAAUGAAAAGUCGAAGUGAGAUGCGCAUGACUACUGGCUUAUAG